AUGAAAGAAAUUGAAAAGUUUUUGCGGUCCAGCGACUGCAUUACCUCUGCCAACAACCACAUUGUUUGCAAUAUCAAGGAUCACGACAAAACUGCAACCACAACCACGAUCACAAGUGGUUAUUUUUUCACGUGGUCUUGUAGAAUAGGUACUGAACAUGAGAAGUUUGGUUUUGAGUUUGGAAGCUUGCGUCCUAUGAAAUAUGAGCAAAUAGCAGAAUUGCCGAAUGACAUUGCCGAGAGAUUUGACUGGGAUAAAAUAAUGGAAGAUGAGAAGGAAGACCAAUGGAAGAAAAGUUGGAACUCACGCAUACCAACUCAUCAUAAUAAGAUGAUCUUGAAGAUAAAAUUUCUGCAAGCAGUGGUUGCAGGACUGACGUACUUGACAACCCUGUUAAGCAGAGUGUUGAGCCCAAAGGGUCGUCUUCCUCAGCAGAAGAGUGGGGAGGAGUCGGAGCGGGAGGAGAAUGAGAGGUUUGGUCUGAGUUGGAGGGUGGCGGUGGAGGCAAACAAUGUGCGUCCGUGGCGAACGGUGCCACCUCAGUGCUACCACCACCUUGAGAACUACAUGUGUGCAGGACAGUACGAGCUAGACCUAAACCUCGUCGUCGAACACAUCUGGCUCUAUGCCUCUCAGAUUCCUCUCUCCCCCGACGGCAUGGACGCUUGGAUCCUCGACGUUGACGACACUUGCAUAUCCAACGUUUCUUAUUACAAAGCUAGGCGAUUUGGAUGCGACCCCUUUGACUCAACCAUAUUCAAGGCAUGGAUUAAGAAGGGAAUGUGUCCCGCGAAUCCUGCUGUCAGAUCAUUGUUCAACGCCUUGGUUGAGCGAGGCUUCAAAGUGUUCUUGCUCACCGGAAGAGACAAAGCAACUCUCUCCGAAAUCACCACUCUCAACUUGCAUAACCAAGGUUUCAUUGGCUAUCAACGUCUCAUUCUCAGGAGUGGUGAAUACAAAGGGCAGAGUGCAGUGAGAUACAAGUCAGCGAUUCGGAAGGAGAUAGAAGGUGAAGGGUACAGAAUCUGGGGAAAUGUGGGAGACCAGUGGAGUGAUCUUCAAGGGGAAUGUUUGGGCAAACGCACUUUCAAACUCCCCAAUCCCAUGUACUUCAUAUCUUGA